CACAAAUCCCAGUUUGGAUUAUUUUUUUUUUAAAAAAAAGUAAAAACACACUCCUUGAUUCCACAGACCACCAUUUUAGAUAUACAGCUUCUCUCAAGAACAAAACAAAAAGAAUAGAAAGAAAUAAAACCCCAAUCCCAUCCAUCCUCCAAUUACAAACCCUAGAUUUAUUUUAUUCAGAAUCCAAUUAGGAUCCCACCAUCCUUUUCCUUUCCUCCCCCUAUUUUCCCCCAUAUUUCUCGGUUUCGGCAUCAUUAAGUUUUUCUUUUAUUUUUUUUCCUUGUGGGAAUCGUCCUUUCUCUUCUCAGCACAUUCAACUAUUCAAGCUUUGAUCUGGCAGUUAGUUGGUUUCAUUACUUUCAUAAUCACAUCACUGUGAAUCCUUUCUCGUCUCUGAUUCGGCGCACUUGGGUUGUUCUCUGGGGACUGAAUUGUUUCUGGGUUUUGCUUUACUUCGUCCGGCGAGUGGGAAAUCAAUCUUGGGUGUGUGUCACUGAGCUUCGAUUCAGAGUGGCAAUUCAAAAAAAAGUUGGCCCAGAAGUUAAGGGGCCAAUUUUCCUGAAGUGGGUCUCAUCUGAAUUUGCGGGAAUUCGAGUGUCUUCCUCUCGUUCUGGGUUCGAAGUUUGAAGAUCAUUGGGUAAUAUACAGAUUUGGGGUUUCUUGAUUUGAGGGGAAGAGAAAGGGAGAUGAGAUGAGAGGGGGAUUAAGCUAUUGGGGCGUGGGGUUUAAGGAGGAGAGACAAUGAACGGAGGUUCAUUGGGGAUCCGCUCAGGGAGUUAUGGUUCAUUGGACAAACCGCAGCAACUACAACAACAACAGAACGGUGGUAGCAAUCAUCUCUUGCCAAUUCAAUCGACAAUUCGGACUAAGCCUGCUAAGAUGUUCAAGGAGAAGGAUAGAUUCUUACAUUGGAUCCGCAAGUCCGUCGGCCGGAGGAAGGUUGGAAUGCUGUUGCUCUGCGUAAUCUCUGCCGCAGUUUUUAUCUGGGUUUUGUAUGUAGGAAAAGGUGAAGAUGCACAGGAAAGUGACCAGGUCCCAAACAUGAGUAUCAGUCCGAACAUAAGUGCCACUGUCCGCAAACAGAACACAACGACUUUGGUUUUCCCACCUCCCCCUCCUUCACAUUUUUUGGGCUACUCUCUACCUCCUGGGCAUCCAUGCAAUACUUUCACUCUGCCUCCUCCUCCAGCAGACAGGAAAAGAACUGGACCAAGACCAUGUCCGGUAUGUUACCUGCCUGUGGAGGAAGCCAUUGCCUUGAUGCCAAAGCUUCCCUCCUAUUCUCCUGUCCUAAAGGAUUUGACAUACAUCUAUGAAAAUCCACUGACCAAGAAUGGGGAAUUUGGAGGCUCAGACUUUGGUGGAUAUCCUACAGUCGCUCAGAGAACUGACUCCUAUGAUAUUAGAGAAUCAAUGAGUGUGCACUGUGGGUUUGUUAGAGGUACGAGGGCUGGCCGGAAUACUGGAUACGAUAUUGAUGAGGUUGAUCUAGAUGCAAUGGACCAGUGCAGGGGUGUGGUUGUUUCCUCAGCAAUAUUUGCGGCCUUUGAUAAUAUACAACAGCCAAGCAACAUCAGUGAGUAUUCCAAAAGAACUGUAUGCUUCUUUAUGUUUGUGGACGAUGAAACAGAAGCCUAUCUGCAAAAUAGUGGGCAAUUAGGUGAUAGCAGGAAGGUUGGGGUAUGGAGAAUUGUUCUGAUCCAUAACCCUCCAUACACUGAUGGGAGACGAACUGGAAAGAUUCCCAAGCUGCUGCCCCAUAGGCUGUUUCCAAAUGCUCGCUUCUCUAUAUGGAUUGAUGGGAAGCUUGAGCUGGUUGUUGAUCCAUAUCAAAUUCUUGAAAGGCAUCUGUGGAGAAAAAAUGCCACUUUUGCUAUCUCUCGACAUUACAAACGCUUUGAUGUCUUCACUGAAGCCGAGGCAAACAAAGCUGCUGGGAAGUAUGAUAAUGCGUCCAUAGAUUUCCAGAUUGAUUUCUACAAAAGCGAAGGCUUAUCCCCUUAUACUUUGGAUAAGCUUCCUAUCACAUCUGGUAGGCUAAGUUCUCUCUGUCGAUUAUCUCAUUCUGCAGAUGUUCCUGAAGGAUGCGUCGUAAUUAGGGAGCAUGUUCCUAUAAGCAACCUCUUUGCUUGUCUGUGGUACAACGAAGUUGACCGCUUUACUUCAAGGGACCAGAUCAGCUUCGCUAUAGUGAGGGAUAAGAUCAGGGCAAAGACGAAUUGGACAGUGAACAUGUUCUUGGAUUGCGAAAGAAGGAACUUUGUCGUUCAGAAAUACCAUAGAGAAGUUCUUGAGAAAAUGGAGCACAUGUCUCCACCUCCUCCAUUGCCUCUUCCACCUGCACUCCCGGAAAUACUGCCGCCCCCCAGAGUACCUCAGGAAACUCCGAUGAGACGAGGAAUAGUGAGGCGUGGCAGAAGGGUCGGACCAAGGCGGCACCGGAAAGUUAUUGCCGGUGGCCGGCAGGGAGAACCAAGGUGAUGAUUGAUGGAAGGCAUUUUUGUUCUGGAAAAGAGAAAGUAUCAUUCUUUGAUCUUCUUUUCCCCUCUUUGCAAAAUGAUCAAGAGUCAGGUUUCAUUGAGGGGGAUGAGAGAUCACCAUUUGUGCCUAAAGAGAAGAUGAGUGUUGUAGUUCUUCUACCACAGAGAACCUCCUUCAAAGUUAUUUUUCCCUCACCACUACCCUUUACUUACUUUUUACAACACCCUCACAAAAAAAAUCUCAAUUUAUCAAUAUUCAAUUUUGUUGUUGUAUAUAGAAACAACAUGUUCUCAAGGGUCCAAUAAAUUAUCAUGGGUUGCAGUCCUGCAAGAAAUGGUGGUGACCCUUUUUUGUUGUUACAGUUUUAUGAUAUCAAAAGAAUGUGUAUUUCCAAGCUCAGUUUCUUGAUUUGGCAAUAAAAGAUCUAUCUAUACUUUCUCUCAAAACACA